AUGACCACAGGCGGCAAAUCUCAGCGCAAGAAGCUGCAGCGACAGUUAGAAUUCUACUUGAGCGAAAGCAAUCUCCGCCAGGAUAAGUUCUUACAACAGGCCAUGGACAAACAGGGCUUUGUCUCCGUGCGUGUGUUUCUUUCCUUCAACAAAUUGAAAAUACUAAAGGCGACCGAACGCAUGAUCCUGGACGCAGCAGAAAAGUCUUUGACAAUUCAAGCCGAUUGGUCGCGCUUUUGCAUCGCGCCAAAGAUUAUGCCAGCGGCUGGCCAGGAUGAUAACGCAAUAGAUGCCCGUACAAUUUAUAUCGACAGCUUCGGUGCUAUGGACGACCACGAUUCGCUGCGACAGGUUUUUUCUCAAUUCGGCAAGGUAAACCUGGUGAGCCUGCCGAGAUUCCAGCAAAACAAGAAGCUCAAAGGCUUUGGUUUCAUAGAGUUUUCCGAUCAACAGGCUACUGACGCUGCUGUCAACUCGUCGGAUACAAACCUGAAAGGAAUUCGUGUUAUGAGUAAGACGCGAUGGCUCGAGAUGAAGGAGCAAUUAAAACGUCAGUUGUACCAUAACGACGCAGCUGCAGUUGGUAGUAGCAAAAAUGGUAAUACGCCAGACGACGGAAUUAAAAGCUGUGACUUAGGUAGUAUUGCCACUGCUAGAAUUGGGAUAAAGAAACCUUGGACAUCAGCAACAAAAGAUCAUAUCCACCUCGAUGACGACGACGUUAACGAUGAAGCUAAUGGUGGCAAAGAGACAACUAAGAAGCGGAAAGUAUAA